ACACACACACACACACACACACACACACACGUACACGCACACACACACACACGUACACGCACACACACACACACACACACACACACACACACACACACAGACACACACACACACACACACACACACACACACACACACAGACACACACACACACACACACACACACACACACACACACACACACACACACACACACACACACAUACACACACGUACACACACACACACGUACAUGCCCACACACACGCACACACACACACAGACCGCACACACAAAACACACAGCGCACACACACACGCACGCACACACACACACCGCACACACCGCACGCACACACACACACACACUCUCUCUCUCUCACACUCUCUGUUAAUUUAAUGCCGAUCUCUGUUUCUUCCCUGUAGAUCUCUUUAAAAAGCUCUCCAAAGUCCCCGCGAAACUCAACCGCUUUUGAUUGGGACUUGAGCCAUACAUUCUGUGGUACUUUACAGUCCAAACGCCAACUAUUUUCCGGCAGACAGGAGCUCAGACCAUCUUCGGGUCGUGAUAGAUGCAUUGGUCACAGAGCCAGCCCUGAGCAGGAAGCUGAAGAAAUGGAGAAUCACUAUGAAGAAGAGUCUGCAUCCAAAUAUUCUGGCAACGUAUUUGAAACGGUAGGUAUUCACCGCAGCAGUCAGAGGAGAGGCUCCGUGCAUCAAAAUCACAGGCCAUGCAAAUUGAUCUGCACCUUGAACAACAGUGGACAGGAUGUGCGUAGCUCGCCUAACAAUGCAAACGCAGAGACUAGGCCGCCUAACGGAAGCCAAGCAACACUCUAUAUAUCUACUGGAUUCAAAGGAACUUGGAAAAAGGUCAGUAUUACAGUGUGUAGCCAGAUGGGAAGUCUGGGAAUCAGCAUUGCUGGAGGAAAGGGAUCAACUCCAUAUAAAAUCAACCCUGAAGGGAUCAUCAUUUCAAAAGUCUCGAGGGGUGGCCCUGCUGAUUUGGCAGGUUUACGAGUUGGAGACAUCAUGUUGGAGGUCAACGGAAUAAGUUUACAAAAUGUUACUCAUUGUGAAGCGGUGAAUGCCCUGAGGAAUUCUGGCACUGUGAUUAAGAUACUUAUUUUGAGGUUCAUGGCAGUGCGCCCUGACACCACCGCCACAUCCAGCCUGAAGAGCAGUGAUGACCCGCCUGAUUGCACUGAACUCUACCAAAAGGAGGAGUCACAACCAGAGGGCGUAUUUCUCGAAAAAAUGACAUGCAAUGGAAAUAACUUGAGGUCUGCACCCUCAGGGAAUCACCCCAUUAACUUCUCGAGUGGGACACCACAAAAGCGAACCUCAUUCCGAAUCAUGAACCAUACAAUGCCACUGCCUCAGAUUAUUCUGACUCAUCCUUCGACUUCAGAUGAGGAACUGGAGCAGUUGACAUUUGAAAAGGAUGAAUGUUGCACGGAGCAGUCCGAAAACCCAGAUGGCAAUGACUUUUCCGACUAUUUAAACAGUGCAUUUUAUCCCCCUUAGGACAGUCCUUCGGAAAAAGAAUAGUUUCCCACAGAGAUUCACUAUUUUUCAGUAGAAGAAAAUGGCCUUAUUUAUUCUGCAGACCAUUAGUUAAGCCUGAUUGGGAAGGGGGUCAUAUAACGUGGACACCUUUUUGUGUUGCAAUUAUGUAUUUUAUUUUUCUGUAAGUCAAGGUGUCGCAGCCUAACUAGGAAACAAAAUUGAAUGAUCUGACCAAUAAUGAACAAGGCAAAUGACACUCUGAGCAUUUUUGCAUUACAUGUAUAUCACUAAAGUGCCCAAUUUACUUUAAAGUAAUAAAGGGACUAAGAUACUGCAGUUAGUAAACACGCUGCCUGGUAUUGAACGGCAAUGUGCAGAGCAGAACGGUUGCUGGCAAAUUACAGCCAAGAUUAAUGCCUCAGUCACAGCCAUUUACGUCUGAGUGAAACUAUGCCCGAGUUCUUACUCUCCACUGUGGUUUAGCU